AUGGGACCUGCGGUGGGUCCCGGCUGCCAGACCGGGACCACAGUAAAAAGAGGUCCCGGUGGCCGAACUGAUGGGCAACCGGCACCAGGGCAGAGCACUACGGUCGGGGAAGGCGGGGAUCCGGCGAGACGAGCCAGGGAGACGGUGAAUCCCGGCCACCGGCCCUCUUCCCGACCCGGCUGGCGCCCCAUCCCCCGAGGUGGCCCCACUGCCUGCCUCCCUGGCUGCCGGCGCUUCACACCAAAGGCCGGAGAAAGGCUUGGGGUGGAAGACGAGAGCUCGGAGUCGGAGACCGACAACUUUUCUCUUCAAUUUCAACAUUUUCUUUCCCGUGCUCUCAGUAAAGUCCUCUUCUCUGGAGGCCUCACCCAGAUAGAUGACAAUGAGAAAGACGCCAUAUUGUGGUACCAAAAGAAAAUUGGAGUAUACAAUCAGCAGAUAUGGGAACAAUCUAUAGAACAAGACCAGAUAAAAGGCUUCAAAAACAAACCCAAAAAGACAGGUCACAUCAAGUCGGACUUGAUAGAUGUCGACCUCAUCAGAGGCUCAACAUUUGCCAAAGACAAACCUGAAAUUCCUUGGACAUCACUAACUCGUGAGGGAAUUAUUCGGGUUAUUUGUUUUCCUUUUUUCAGUGAAUGGUGGAUUCAGGUUACCUCUUUCCGAAUUUUUUUUUGGCUGCUACUGCUUUAUCUCAUGCAAGUUACUGCCAUUGUGUUGUAUUUCAUAAUGCCUGUUGUGAAUUUAAGCGAAGUGAUUGUUCCGGUGUGUCUUAUGGUACUGAUGGGAACUGUUCACUAUCAAAUAGUCUCCAUUCAGGUUGCUAAACCUUUUGAAACCAAUGGAAAUUACAAUAGGAGAAAAUCAGACAAAUUUGCAAAUGAUGGUGGGAACACAGAAUGUAAAAGUUAUAAUUGUUCUGAUAAAGUCAGAGGAAUAGAAUCUUCUGCAUCCCAAAAUGCUGAUUCUUGGAUGACUCUCUUUUUCAACACUCCCAUAAAAAGACUAAAAUUAUUACUUGACAGGAUUCAAGCUGAAAAUGCUUUAGCACGUUUGAAUCUCAGCACAAAGAAGAAACAUUCUCAAUCAGAAAUGAAAAUAUGGCAACCAAGAGAGAAAGCAAAACUAUCAGAUGGCGAAAAGAGUCGGAAAGGUAAAACAGAUUUAGGAAAUCAAGUUCCAGAUGAAUUGUCAAGUGAGAAUGACUGUGAAGAACAGAGAAAGAUAAUACUGUCAGGGAGACGAGUAGAAGGAGCUCCAAGUGACAAUAGUUAUGAAAUCAAGAAUGAAAAGCCAUUGAUUUCGUCAAAACACAUAAGUACUCAACCAAAGAAAAUUUCCACUUCAAGAGGGUGUCCCACCAUUGGAGAUUCAGAUGGACUGCCUGAAUCAGAUCUUGAGUCAGCUAUCUUAAGUCAGGAGUCUCCAUCCAGUGUCAGUGGUGAUUUUAGAAGUUGUAGUCAGAGUGACUCUGAAAGCACCUGCCCUGACUCAGAGACAAAGGACAUGUGGAAUAACCUUUUGCAAAAUAGUGAAUGCCACUCAUCAGCUGCAAACAACAGUGAUGAGGCAAAUACCAAGGCACUGCUCCCAGGUACCAAGCAGAAUUCAAAAGAGGACACUUUCCAACUGAACCAUUUGUUCUGGCUUCAGGACAUGAGUUCUCCCAAUGAACGAGUGAGUACAAUAAUCUGGGAAGGUAAUGAAUGCAAAAAAAUGAAGAUGUCUGUUUUGGAAAUCAGCAGCAUCAUUAUGAGAAGGGUUAAAACAUAUCAGCAGAAUGUAAGUUACCAGAUGCUGGGAAAAAUUAUUACUAUUGGAUUAACAGUUUUUCCAUUUUUAUAUCGAAUCUUCCAUGAAAAGAAGCUGGCCCAAAUACCUUUCAUCUCAGCUGAGGAGCUCCUGACUCUUCUUUGUGGGGCACCACCUUCAAUAUCGAUCAUCAUUUUAUCAACAAUCAAUUUUCUUGAACGCUUGUGUCUGAUUUGGAUAUUCUUUUUUAUGAUGUGUGUGGCAGAGAGAACAUACAUGCAGCAGCAAGGUCCACAGCGCUUUGUAGAUGUGAUUGUGUCUUCGGUAUUCUUGAUGACACUUUCAAUCGCUUUUAUUUGCUGUGCCCAGGUUCUCCAAAGCCAUAAAAGCUUUCUGGAUAAUGCUUAUAACUGGGAAUUCCUAAUUUGGGAAACAGCCCUGCUGCUCUUUUUAUUGCAUCUUGCCUCCAUAGGGUCUGAAACCAAUAAAAAAUACAAUAACAUUUCAGUACUGCUUACAGAACAGAUCAAUUUAUAUUUCAAAAUGAAAAAGAAGCCAAAUAAAACAGAACAGCUCACACUGGUGAACAACGUGCUAAAGCUAUCAACAAAGUUAUUGAAAGAAUUAAACACACCAUUUAGGCUCUACGGCCUAACCAUGAAUCCCCUAUUCUACAACAUAGCCCGAGUGAUUAUCCUUUCAGUUGUCUCAGGGAUCAUAAGUAAUCAACUAGGAUUUAAUAUAAGAUUGUGGAAAAUUAAGCCAUGAGCUAAACAGUGUAUUUGGACCAUAAACUUGUACUAACAUCCAUACUUAACCAUUUGAUGAACAAUUACAAGAACAAGUAAGACACCCUUCCAUUUUUUGACAUGCUAAAUAGCAUUCAAUUGACCAAUCAUUUCUUUUCUGUGUAUACAUCUUAACUAAUGGGCUAAGUUAUUUCUAUCCUGGAGAGAGCUCCAGUUCAUCACAAUAUCUCUUUUGGAAAUAACAACAGUCCUUUGUUAAGAGAAGAAAAAAAUAAUGUAAAGGCAUUAACAGGAAUUGGGUAUAUCCUCUGAAAUAAAAAC